CACAGGUCACGUGCCUGCUGUCUUCCCAUCUCUGAUCAACUCCUCAUGUACAAGGGGGCGGAGUCAGUAUAUAUACCGCGGUGGCGGGAGUUGUGAGCCCGCCAUUUCCUGUCAGGCGCUGGUAGGCGGCGGUUGAGGUCCCGCUGUGAGGCGAUCAUCUGUGAUCAGGAAGAAGUGUGGAGCAGGCAGUGCAGUGAGGCUGCUGGAGAGAAGACAGCGGAGAGGACACUGAGUGACCGCAGGAUAAAAAUGGCGUCUGCUGACGUGGAGAAUGAGCUGAAGUGCCCCAUCUGCCUGAACCUUUAUACAGAUCCCUUAUCUCUGAGAUGUGGACACAACUUCUGCCGCUCGUGUAUUGUUCAGGUGCUGGACACACAGGACAGGUCUGAAGAAUAUCUAGAGUGUCCAUCCCUGAAGAGACAGAAGCUGGAUAAUGUAGUGGAGAAAACCAAAAUCUUCUGUUCUUACUGUAUAAAUUCUCCUGUAGCAGCUGUGAAAUCCUGUCUGCAGUGCGAGAACUCUCUAUGUGAUGACCACCUGAAAGUCCACAACAAGACCAUGGAUCAUAUCAUAGCAGAACCAACAAACUAUUUUAGCAGCAAAAAAUGUUUCAUCCACAAGAAGGUUCUAGAAUAUUACUGCCUUGACGACGCGGCUUGUCUCUGUGUCUCUUGUGUGGUUGAAAAUCACAAGAAACACCAGGUGGAACUUCUAGAUGAGGCUUCUGCAGAGAAGAAACUGAGAAAAAAUCUGAAUAAACUAAAUUCACAAAAAGCUGAAAUUCAGACAAGAGUUCAGAAUCUGCACGACCAUCAGAGAAAUAUCAAGGAGAGAGCUACCGAUAAGAGAGAGAACAUCAGUAAGUUAUUUAUGAGCAUUAAGGAACAACUGGAAAUGGCAGAGAAGAAAGCGCUGAGUGAGAUCACCAGACAGGAGGAGAAGAUUGUGUCCCAGAUAUCUGAUCUGAUCAAGAAGCAGGAAAUAGAGGAGGACGAGCUGUCCAGGAAGAUGUGUCACCUGGAGGAGAUGUGUAAUGUCACUGACCCUAUAAGACUCCUACAAGAAAGUGACAUUACAGUAUGUGGUCAAGGAGAUGGUGCGGACACAAAGGAAGAUGGUGGAAAGAUCAAGUCUGAGGAUGAUUCUCAUGUUCAGGUGUCUGAUACACAAGUGCAGGAUGACAAAACUGACCCAAAAACUGUCCUACACGAAUCAGACCAAGAAAUGGCCAGUAGUGAUGAGAGUGUAGCAACAGAAGCAGCUCCAGUAGGUGACCUUCCUAUGAUGGCUGAUGACCUGAAUGAGACGGCUGAGGAUCUGGAUGAGGUUGUGAUCUCAAUGAUGUUAUACCGAUCUCUGAGGGAUAUUAUCACCCAUGUAACAUCACAGCUCGGGUUCUGUGUUCCAGACAUAUUUCUGGAUGUGAACACUGCUGAAGAAAACCUAUUUUUGUCAAAAGAUCUGAAAACAGUUAAAGAUGUCGAUAGAGUUCAGAACAGACAUAAAUCUUCAGGAAGUUUUUUUGAUUGCCCACAGGUAUUAAGCAGAUGUGGACUCUCCUCAGGAAGACACUACUGGGAGGUAGAGUGGAACAAGAAAGGCAUAUUUUCUGUUGGAAUGUCUUAUCCAAGUAUAAAAAAGAAAGGACGACCUUCUGAUAUAGCGUAUAGUGAUAAAUCUUGGUGUCUGACCAUGGAAGAUCGUGAAUUCUCCGUGUCUCAUAACAGGGUCACUAAAACCUUAGAUUCAAACUUAACAUGUCCAACACUUGGAGUCUUCUUAGACUACGAGGCCGGGCGUCUGUCCUUCUAUGAGAUGUGUGACCCCAUCAGACACCUACACACCUUCACUGCCUCCUUCACUGAACCCCUACAUGCCAUCUUCUCUGUGAAUUAUGGAGCUUCUCUUAAAAUAACAGGAUGAAGAGGAUUAACUCCACAUCUCUAUAAUCAGGAUAUCUGAGUUACAUUGUUGAGGUUCAUCAGGCUGCAGUACACAGUUCUGUGCAGCCCUGUUUGUCAUUAGGUUGGAUUUCUAGUUUUUCUGUUCUCCUAGAGAGAAUCUUUCCUGAGUGGUAGAAGGGAGCGGAGCUCUGCUAUGCGGAGAGGUGGAAAGGAGCUGAGAUCUGCUAUGUGGAGAGGUGGAGGCUGUUUAUAGCGAGCCAAUAUCAGCUAACAGUAAGACUUUGUUUUUUGUUUAAAAGUAUUACAAUCUGUUUCAAAGUUAAAGUAGCAAAACAAAAGAAUAAAAAAAAUAAAAAAUAAACGUAAUUUACAUUGUG